AUGGCUGGUGGUUUGUUUGCUGCAAAUCGAGACUACUUCUUCGAGGUGGGAGGUUAUGAUGAAGAAAUGGAUGUUUGGGGUGGAGAAAAUUUGGAGAUAUCGUUUAGGGUGUGGAUGUGUGGAGGAUCAAUCGAGUUAAUGCCAUGUUCACAUGUUGGCCACAUUUACCGUUCGGGGCAUCCGUACGAUAUGACGGGCCGCAAUAAUAACAAGGACGUCCAUGGAACGAAUUCUAAGCGAUUAGCAGAAGUAUGGAUGGAUGACUACAAGAGGCUAUUUUAUGUCCAUCGAAUGGGUUUGAAAGUGAUUUUAUUGCUAGUAGUUGGGGAUGUAGAUGUCGGAGACCUGACGGAGCGAAAAAAGCUUCGCGAACGUCUACAAUGCAAAUCGUUCAAGUGGUUCUUAGACAACGUGAUUCCACAAAAGUUUAUACCAGAUGAAAACGUUUAUGCUUAUGGCCAUGUGAAAGGCGAACGCGGCCUUUGUUUGGAUACGCUUCAAAGGCUGGAAAACAAGGGCACCGUACUUCUAGGAGUGUUCACAUGUCAGCUAGGUGGCAGCUCAGCACAGGUUCGGAAUGUAGAGCAUAUAUCUUAG